CUCUCUAUAUAUAUUUUUAUUGUUAGAAAAGUCUUUUCUUUCACUUGGUUCUUCGACUGCUCCAUGUUCUUCUUCUCUCUGCUUGUUCGAGUUUGUUGGAGAGUGACAGAAAGAGAGAGAUCGCAAAGAGUUAUUUUUUGAAAGAGAGAAGAGAAAGUUUGUAGGAGGUAGAGAGAGAGAGAGAGAGAGAGAGAGAGAGAGUGAGUGGGUUAUGUCAAUGAAAGGAGAAGGGAAAAUGGUAUUGUCCAAAAUGAAAUGGAUUGGUCUGGUUGGUCUUGUUCUUUCGGUUGUCUCUCUCUUCGUUCACUUUUUACUUGCUAGAUUUACUGAUGAAGGUAUAGCAGACUACCAAUCCACCAUUACAAUCUUUUCCCGACGAUCCUUUGCUGAAGAUUUAUCGAGAACUAGUCCCUUGUAUAGAAGGCUAUGGGGUCCAGUAAGGCGGCUAGAAUAUUUGCAUCCUGAUGCAAAUCCCAGAAUAUACUAUCCUGAUCCGGUUCGACAAACAAAUGGAUUUAUCUUUGUCCGAAUCCAAGGAGGUUUCCAUGAGAUUAGGAAUUCGAUAUCUGAUGUGGUAGUAGUAGCACGGUUUCUGAAUGCUACCUUAGUAAUUCCUGAGAUCCAAUCCACCACUAGCAGUAAGGGAAUCAGUUCUCAGUUCAAGAGUUUUGCCUACCUUUACAAUGAGGACCAGUUCAUGGCGGCAUUGGAAAAAGAUGUCAAAGUUAUAAAAACCCUUCCUAAGGAUCUCAAAGGGCAAAGGAGGAAAAAGAACAUUCCUGUGUUUAAAGUGCCUUACUCUGCUUCACCUUAUUAUUAUCAGCACCAUGUUCUCCCAGUGCUAAAGAGACAUCUUGUGGUUGAACUAGUUGUGUCUGAUGGUGGAUGCUUGCAGGCUAUCCUUCCACCUGAUCUUGAAGAGUACCAGAGGCUGAGAUGUAGGGUUGCUUUUCAUGCCCUUCGGUUUCGGCAGGAGAUCCAGGAACUUGCUACCAAAAUUUUACAUCGGUUGCGGGAUCCAGAACAGCCAUUUAUAGCAUUUGACCCUGGAAUGACUAGAGAUGCAUUAGCAUACCAUGGUUGUGCUGAACUCUUCCAGGAUGUGCAUACUGAACUUAUUCAGCACAAAAGAGCUUGGAUGAUAAAGCGUGGAAUUGUCAAGGGAAAGCUUUCGGUGAAUACAGCAGCACAACGUCUUAAAGGUUCAUGCCCACUAAUGCCGGAAGAGGUUGGUAUUCUUCUUCGUGUGUAUGGAUAUUCAUGGGACACGAUCAUAUACGUUUCUGGGGGUGAAGUCUUUGGCGGCCAAAGGACGUUGAUUCCUCUUCGUGCAAUGUUUGAGAAUGUUGUGGAUAGAACUUCCCUCAGCACUCCUUGGGAGCUCAGUAGGCUUUAUGGAUGUGAGGCUAACCUUGUAGACAGUCAUCAGAUUGCUCCACCUACAAUUGAGAAAGAGAUGAAGCUUGAAGCAUGGAAAACUGCAGGUCCACGUCCACGCCCACUUCCACCUCCUCCAGCCCGACCAAAAUCCUAUAACAUUGAAGGUUGGUGGGGUUGGGUGGCUGAGAGUGAUAAUGAGCCUGAGAGUACAGUUAUGGAAUUGAGGACCAAUGCCCAUAAAUUACUAUGGGAAGCCAUUGACUAUAUAAUAUGCAUUGAAGCUGAUGUAUUCAUCCCAGGAUUUGAUCGUGAUGGUAAGGGACAUCCAAAUUUCGCAAGCUUGGUAAUGGGGCACCGGCUAUAUCAGUCGGCUGCAUCAAAAACAUACCGACCAGACAGAAAAGAAGUUGCUAAGCUUUUAGGCGAAAUACGUGAGCACCUCUAUCAAGCAAACAAUACUUUGCUAACUUCAAUUCGUAGACAUUUGAGAAAGACAUUGGUUGAUGGAUUGAUUGAAGCAUCAACAAAAUCCAAGCCCCUAUCUUUUAUAUCUCAUCCACUCCCUGAAUGUUCUUGCAUGAGGCGUGGUUCUGCUGAAACAUCAGCUCAUGCUUCAAGUUCUAACCACUCCCAACUCCUGGAUGCUCUCAAAGUUGUUCAUCGGUGCCCCGUCUGGAUGGACAAUGAUUUAAUAUCGCAGUCAAAAGAGAAAGAAAAUGAAGAGGAUUUUGACGAAGAUGAUUCCGCAUCUGGAUUGUUUUUCCAACGGAAUGGUGGAACUGAUGAAGGUGGAAGUGUAGAGUCGAAUAACAAAGAAGAAGCUCCAUUGGAGGAUCAAGAAGAGCUUGAGGGUGGAGAAAGAUAAUGGAAAGCUAAAAUGACUUGCAGGGUCAGUCUCUAAAUUCUAAAAAGGGGUACUUUCAUCAAUGAUAAAAUUAACUUUGCUUAUUCCUAUAGACAGAUUUGGAACCUCUGGCUUCACUUUCAACAGGAAGAAUAGCAUGGUGUCUCAGAUUGCUUUCAGCUAAGCCUUUCUGAUUCAUCAGCUUUGGUAUUAUGUACCAUUAGGUUCCAGCCCUUUUUAGGUAAAUAAAAAAGAGAAAAAUGAUUUAACCCACCCAUAACCAAUUUUGAUGCAGCUAACAUGUGCUUUUCUGAAAAUCAUAGAUUUGUUUAUUCUCUUCUAGAAAACUUCUUUAAUCUACCUAUGUAUGUUCUGACUUUGGAAUUUUAUGUAAAAUGGUCAAGGGAAGAGCAAUAAUGAUGUUCUCUCUUGAUCCCCAGAAUAAUAUCAAUCAAUUCUUUUUCUUUGUUCA